AUGGUACCACCUCACCUCCGGCCAAAGCCCGACGCUGUAAAAUACUUAGAAGACGUUCCUGUAAUUGACCUUUCACCACUCCAGACGCCAAAUUCUCAUGACUUGGCGGACAUUGUCGCUCAAGUACACAAAUCUUUAAAGGAAUGGGGCAUCUUUGUGGUUGUAAACCACGGAGUGGCGCCAGGCCUUUGGCCCGAAGUUAUAAGAGUUAUGUCUGAGUUUUCAAAACUUUCAUUCGAGGAGAAGCGAAAGGUUGCCAGAAACCCGAACAUGCCAUGGGGUUACAACGAAAGUGACCACACGAACAACAUAAGGGACUGGGCCGAGAUUUUCGACUUCAUGUUGAAAGAAGAACUUUCGAUCCCAGCAUCGUUGGAGCCAGAUUGCCAAGAGACAUCGACUCUCCACAACCAGUGGCCAGAAAACCCGGCAGAUUUUCGGAAAGUCUGCAAGGAAUUUACUCAGGCUGCUUCAAAAUUGAUGUGCCAAUUGCUAGAGCUCAUCGCCCUCAGCCUAGGCUUACCAGCUGAUGGCUUCAACCGUUACCUUGAGAACCACAUGAACUACUCUUGA